AUGGCAAAAGUAAAGAAGUCAAAAGCAACGCGCUCUGCAAAACAGGCAGUUGCCAAUAUCGUAAAAGAGGAGGAUGCAGAAAAAUCAAGUAGUAUUUGCUACAACCCAGAACAUAUUUGGUUUGAUCUCUUGUACAUGCGCCAUGAUAAAGUUUAUGGCAACACAUACAAAUAUAUCCUAAUGGGGAUCGAUGUAGCUUCAAAAUAUAAGGUAGCGAGACCAUUGCGUACAGAAAAAGCCAGUGAGGUUGCAGAUAUGAUCAAGGAUGUUUAUAAAAAGGGACCUCUACGUUAUCCUGAAACCUUCCAGUGUGAUAAUGGUUCAGAAUUUAAAUCAGAUGUAGCAAAAUUGUUAGAAGGUAAAGGAGUGGAGAUUAAACAAGCUACAACCAAAUAUCAUCACACCUUUACAGCUUUUGUAGAAUCGUAUAACAAGGUGCUUGCGGAAAGACUUUUCAAUCCUCAAGAUGCAUAA